UUGUUGAAGACUUUUAUGGCCGCAAUCACUGUUGCUGUGUUUCUCGGGCUGUAUGGCCUUGUUCCAGAAGCAUUCCCUCCUGAAGUUUUGCCCACAUCUAUGGCAGGCAUUCUUAGAGGUUGUGAAUAUAUUGAAAACUAGGCAAGGGAAGUUUAUAUAUUGGUGGAAUGCCCAGGAUGGGAGAAAAAACUGUUGUCUGCCUGAGGCAAGUGCGAAUGUUUUAAUUGGUCACCUUGAUUAGCAUUGAAUAGCCUGGCAGCAUCAAAGCCUGGCUGAUUCCUGCCUGGGGGAAUCCUUUGUUGGGAGGUGUUAGCGGGCCCUGAUUGUUUCAUUUCUGAAAUUCCUGUUUUCAGAGUGUUGUUCUUUAUUUACUGUUUAUUUAAAGUUUUUUUUUUCAUACUGGUAGCCAGAUUGUGUUCAUUUUCAUGGUCUCCUCCUUUCUGUUGAAAUUGUCCACAUGCUUGUGGAGUUCAGUGGCGUCUCUACGAAGCCUAACAUGGAGGUUGUGCAAGUGGUCCAGCAUUUCUGUUCUCAAAUCAUAUGCUGCGUCCAAGUUGGUUCAUCAAGUGCUCUGCCAUGGCUAACGUCUCCGGUCGAGCUAGUCUGCAGUGCCUUUUAUGUUCCUUGAUUCGUGUUUGGUGAAUCCACCUUUGAGGAUGCCUGCCAUAGAUGUAGGCGAAACGUCGGGAGAGAAUGCUUCUGGAAUAUGGCCAUUCAGCCCGGAAAACACACAGCAACCCACUCUUCAGCCUUUGAUGGCCCGCCAAACUAGUACUACAACUCCCAGGGUUCCAUAGCAUUGAGCCAUGGCAGUUACAGUGGGAUCUAACUGCAUGACUUCGAUAACGUCGAUGAGCCAGGGCACAGAAUGCUGAGGAAGGAGAUCUACGCAUGCUCGGCAGGCUGCCCCUUUUCUUGGCCUGCCACUCACACCGGCGGCGCCUGCGGCCUGCUCUCCUCCCCUCUCUCCCCUAGCGGGCCUUUUCGCCGCUUCUUCCGGCCAGUGAGCAAGCGACAAGACAUGGGCCGCCUCCUGGUGAAGGCGCUCCCUGCGACGGGUCUCCUGCGGAGAAUUCGGCCACCGGCCAGAGACCCCGCCUUCCGCGGUGUCACUCAAGCGCCCCGUCAAGACUCAGAGGCACAAGCAGCCCUCUACCUCCAUUGGCCAUAUUGUGAGAAACGUUGCAGCUACUGUAACUUCAACAAGUACAUCCCACGAAACAUUGAUGAGUCCAGAAUGAGGAAUUGCCUCAUUCAGGAGGCAAGAACUUUGAUUCAAUUCAGCCAAGUCCAGAGAAUCACAUCUGUGUACUUUGGUGGGGGAACACCAAGCUUGGCCAGUCCACUCACCAUUGCAGCUGUCUUGGAUGCCAUCUCCCGUGAUGUCUUUGUAGCAGAAGGCACUGAGAUUACACUGGAAGCCAAUCCCACUUCAGCAGAUGCCUUAUGCCUUGCAGAAUUCCAGAAAGCGGGUGUCAAUCGGCUUUCUGUUGGCAUCCAGUCCCUUAAUGAUGCAGAACUCCAGCUGCUUGGAAGGAACCAUUCAGUUUAUGACGCUCUGAGAACUUUAGAAGAAGCCAAGAAACUCUUUCCAGGCCGUAUAUCUGUUGAUCUCAUCUUUGGCCUCCCAGACCAAACCACUGCCUCUUGGGUUCAAGAUUUGGAGGCGUUGCUUGCAAUGUGUGAUGACCACAUUUCUCUCUACCAGCUGACAUUGGAGAGGGGUACUUCACUCUUCAAACAGGUCCAUCAGGGCUUUUUGCCCCUGCCUGAUCCAGACAUUGUAUCAGAAAUGUAUGAGUGUGCAAGAAACAUCCUGCAGAACGCAGAUUUUCAUCAGUACGAGGUUUCCAACUUUGCUCGGAAUGGAGCACUUAGUACUCACAACCUGUCUUACUGGCGAGGCAGUCAAUAUAUUGGAGUGGGACCAGGAGCCCAUGGAAGAUUUGUGCCAUGGGGAAAUGGAAAAGUCUAUCGAGAAGCAAGAAUACAAACUCUGGAGCCAGAUAUAUGGAUGAAGGAAGUAUUGGCCUUUGGUCAUGGGACCCGGAAGCAGACUCCACUCACCCGGCUGGAAAUAUUGGAGGAAGUUCUGAUGCUGGGACUCCGCAUGGAUGUAGGAAUCACACACCAGCACUGGCUCCAGUUUGCUCCUGACCUCAAUCUAUGGGAUGUGUUUGGGCAAUCAGAGGAGGUGCAGGAGCUGGAGGCACAUGGCUUAAUGAUUCUGGAUGACAGAGGACUUAGAUGUUCUUGGAAAGGCCUUGCAGUACUAGAUUCUCUCCUGCUGACACUUCUUAACCAGCUCCAGCAGGCCUGGGCCAUAAGAGACAAAAUAUUCAGUGAGACUUGAAGUCCUCAUACAGUAUUUAGCUGACAUAAGCAGAAGUCAAAGGUCUUCUUAAGUUGGAGGCUGGAGAAUGUGCAGAUAUUCCCAGUCUGGAAGGAUGUUCUAAUGCAGAGGUCCGAAUCCAGAGGAGAAGUGCUGUCCCUGAAAGAAAACUGGUGAAUUAACCACAUCCUCCUGUUACUGAGUGCAAGACUCCGUGAAUCUGUUUUUGCAUCUCUGUGCUUCUUCUCUUUGAACAAAGAUGGAAGACAGUAUGGAUUUGUUUGGGCUUUUUGGAGGGGAAGGGGCUCUGUGGGACGUCAUGCAAGAAAUAAAUGAAGCUUGGCAUGUCUUAAGGCAAGGUGAUGAAUUGA